AUGCCGAAAACAAAUGAAAAUGAAACUAGUGAUCUACCAAUUCUAAGUGAAUUAGUUCACACUCUAAUUGAAAUGAAUAAUGAAGCAAAUGCAACACAAAACAAUUCAGACAUAAACCCUCAAGUCAUUCGUGAUGCUAUAAGCAAUUACACAAAACGGAUUAAUAAUAAAGACAAAGCUAAUUUAGAUCCACGGAUUUCUUUAAUCGCUGAAUUCAAUUUAAAAUACGAUGAAAGCACAAUAAACGAAGACGAAUUAGCGAAUAGUGAUAACAAGUUGACAACAGUCUGUGAAGAACCUGAGGAAAUGAACCACGAGAACAUUGAAACCACGAGUGUGUCUGAUGUAAGCGACGAAUCCACUGUAACGGAAUUCAUGGGCACAGAUUUUGAUGAUGAUGAAGAUGACGAAAUGGAGGAUGACAAAAGCAGAACUGGAAUCAAGGAAAAGAAUUUGGCAAUGGCGAGAUAUUAUGACAAGAAAACAGAAAAACUAAACGUGGAAAUAAAUUUAUUAAGGUUUAAACUAAAACAAUGUAAGAGACUGCACUAUGAAAGUUAUAAGUAA